AGUCUUCUGUUCCCGGCCAAAACGCCGUGCACUCUCAGAAUAAGUGUUAUUCCUAAUUUCAAAAGCCUAAAAUCUUAAUAACAAGUGAUUCGUAUCGAAUAAUAUGUCCAGUUUGUUCGAGGAUAUUUUCGAGAUUAAAGAUUUGGAUCCUGAUGGCAGAAAAUUCGACCGCGUUUCAAGGAUAUUGGCUGAAUCUGAGUCGUUUAAAAUGGACUUAAUUCUGGACGUCAACACUCAAAUAUACCCAUUAGCAUUAGGAGAUAAAUUUCGUAUGGUUCUUGCCAACAGCUUAAGAGAAGAUGGAACCAUAGACGACGAAUAUGAUCCAUCAGAUAAUAGACCUUCCAGAGCUGACAGUUUUGAGUAUGUUAUGUUUGGAAAAGUAUAUAGAAUUGAAGGAGACGAAGACAGUGGAAGACUAGCAGCUUAUGUUUCGUACGGUGGACUUCUUAUGAGAUUGCAAGGCGAUGCAAAUAAUUUACACGGUUUUGAAGUAGAUGCAAAUAUUUAUCUAUUUUUAAAGAAAGUCGCUUUUUAA